GUUGUCGGCAACUUCAUAAGAACGUCCUUUACUAUACCGCUUGUUUGUCUAUGACGAACUCUACCUGGUACCAUAGCGACUCGUGCGUGGUCGGGUCCGUGUUCAAGGCGGCCACCACAGUAUUUAACACCUCCGUUUGACGCCAGAAUCUAAUCAAUAACAGAUACCUCGACAUGCGCACAUCACAGACUCGAAAGAAUAGUGUGCUGCUACUGUGGGUGGCAUUUCUGGGAAAUGCAGCUGCAAAAUCACCUUCAGCGUCAUUUUCGCUGGGAAUGCCUUAUGGAGUCAACGCUGCGUCGAUUCCAUAUCCUCACCUCUCGGCUCUGGAAAUGGCACCAAAGUGCGAUGACGCAAAUGCAACGAUGAAGAGCUACAGAAGACUCAUUGAGGAAUUGUCUACCAUCGCCAACAUGAUCGAAACUACCGAUGCGCAUACAAACGUGCCCGCCGGAAGCAACAAAGAUACACACACGACAUUAAAUGAUGUCGAAGCAGGAUCCCAAAACAAUCAGCCAGCGUCACAAAAGAGAGUUUAUCUUGGUAACGAGAAUCCCGAGGGCUGUCCUACAGAUAUCGAUACACCUUUUUGUCAUGAGUGUGGGGGCGACAAAGGUUCACCCGAUGGAGUCAACAGAUGCAGAGGUAUCGCAGAGCAGAAUAUGUUCCUUGAAGAUUGUUUAUGUGAGGAAGUGAUAAACAAUCAUGGUGAUCCGCUGAAACGUCCGAGUCUGGCUGAGAGACUUCGGAGGUGGCCAGAGUACGAAGAAGUCUUGAAGGAGAUUGAGGAGUAUGGAGACGAGGAUGAACCUAUUGAUUCGAAUGCAGACAUCGUUGAGGUCGAAGACAUCGAUUCAGGACAAUGCUCGGAAGCAGAAGUAGAAGUAAAGCCACAGUCGGCUCAACUGCGUACUGGUCGGCUCUCCCAGGCAUGAAUGGAGAUGUUACAUCGAGACAUGGUUUUGAUACUUCCUACCAUCCUUGUCUCUUCAGCCAAAGCCAAGGAUCAAGGAGAUGACCCAAAAGUCGAGAACGGUCCCCAUUGAAAAACCAACGCUUGGAUCGGUCAUGCUUUCCAUGUCGGAGUGCGCCGAGGUUUUGGGAAGCUGUGACUAUCGUGCGGCUUUUGAUCUGUAAUCGGAGAGUCGACACGUUUUCAUGAUUUUUUUGGUAAAGGACAUGAUCUGGAAGUCGAGAAGAAAGUCAAAUGAGCCGGUCUAGCUUUCUUUCACCUUUCUUCGUCCUUAUUUCCAUUUCGGACUGUGCCGAGGAUUGGAAGAAGCUGCGAAUAUCUUGUAUUUUCUGAUCUGAAAUUGGAGCCAACGCUGGUUCACAAACUGGCAAGAGACAUGAUCCGGAAGUCACGAAGAAACCUAAAUGAGGUGUUCUUGCUUUCCUC